GUGAUGCUUUACAGAGAGUAAAUGGGACAAUGAAAACGGAGGAUCAGGACAACCUAAAAUCAUCAGCCUCGGAGGUUGGGUCUUGGGCACAGUUGGGUGUUCCAACAGGACAAUGACCCCAAACACACAUCAAAAGUGGUAAAGGAAUGGCUAAAUCAGACUAGAAUGAAGGUUUUAGGAUGGCCUUCCCAAAGUCCUGACUUAAACAUGUGCACAAUGCUGAAGAAACAAGUAAAUGUCAGAAAACCCAAUAAAUUUAGCUGAACUGCACAAAUUUUGUCAAGAGGAGUGGUCAAAAAGUCAAGCAGAAGCUUGUGGAUGGCUACCAAAAGCGCCUUAUUGCAGUGAAACUUGCCAAGGGACAUGUAAGCAAAUAUUAACAUUGCUGUAUGUAUACUUUUGACCCAGCACAUUUGCUCACAUUUUCAGUAGACCCAUAAUAAAUUCAUAAAAGAAGCAAACUUCAUGAAUGUUUUUUGUGAGUUGUAGAAAUGAUUGGAAAGUCAAGACAGCCAUGACAUUAUGUUCUUUACAAGUGUAUGUAAACUUUUGACCACCACUGUAUAUAAAUGUAUGUGUGAUGUUACAUGUUGACAGAUGUAAGAAGUGCAAAACAGAAUUCAAGGUAAAAAAUUGCUCGGGUGGACGUUGACGUCAGGAAGCAUUUUGGGCCGCCUCACUUUCAGGUGAAGACCGAUCAAUGUUGGGAGCAAAGAUAUCUUUUAACGCUGAAAAAAAGGUGAUCCGUGGUCACGUUUCCAAGGGAGCGCUCGCUAAAGUGAUUUCCAAUCCAGGUGUGGAAUAAAAGGUAAGAGUGGAGGGUUCCACAGGGAGGGCCAAUAACAGCAUGUAAUUGUUACACCUGGUCCUCCGUGUAAUCCCACAGUACACAACACCUGAGGUGCGGCCUGCGUGCGUCACCUGUGCCAGUUGGGAACAUGGCAGCAGUGCAACAAUCAACUGCUUUGCACUCAGCUGGGAGCCUCCUUAAUUAGGCCAGAUGAUUCCAAAACAUGUGACCUGCAAACAUGUGACCCGCUGGCUUCUUGUGACGGAGCAGCUACAGCAGCAGCACCAGCAGAAGCAGCAGGCGUUGGAGGCGUUGCCGGGCGUGUUGGCCAUCCUGUGGCGGGCCUGCAGGACGCUGGCGGCGGCUUCCUGGUGGACCUGCAUCUGUCUCUUUCGCAUCGCCAGCCAUGCAUGGACUGCAAAAGCGGGAAAAUGAAGGCCCUGUCAUGGAGGAACAUCUUGGCGGUAAUGAGCUGCAUGGAACCUUCCUCAGGGAUCGCUAAUGAGGCGCCGUGUUCGCCUCACAGGAAACCAGCAUGCGCCGGAACCUUCCGUGAUGAAGAAACACCACCCACCCCCCCAUCAUGGGAAUAUUCAACAUCCUUUGAAAAGAAGACACACAUCAAGUUCUCUUUGAUUUCCCGCUCAUUCCGUAUUGCGUGGACUCCAGCAGGCAGCGUCCAAGAUGGACAACGAGAUGUUCCCAGAAGACAACAAGGCGGGAGACGCGUGUUCCCUCAAUUCUUCUUCAUCUUGGUCAGGAUGCAACGUGACCCACGAGGAGGGCUGGGAGCAGGAGAGUCUGUCCCCCAUCAUCCCCAUCAUCACCGCCCUCUACUCGCUGGUCUUUGUGGUGGGCUUGCUGGGGAACUGCCUGGUCAUGUACACCAAGAUGAAGACGGCCACCAACAUCUACAUCUUCAACCUGGCGCUGGCCGACGCCCUGGUCACCACCACCAUGCCCUUCCAGAGCACCGACUACCUGCUCAACACCUGGCCCUUCGGCCAGGCCGUGUGCAAGGUCUUCAUCGCCAUCGACUACUACAACAUGUUCACCAGCAUCUUCACGCUCACCAUGAUGAGCGUGGACCGCUACGUGGCCGUCUGCCAUCCCGUCAAGGCGCUGGACUUCCGCACGCCCGCCAAGGCCAAGGCCAUCAACGUGUGCGUCUGGUUCCUGUCCUCCGCCGCCGGGAUCCCCGCUCUGGUCCUGGGCGGCACGCAGACCAGCGGCGGUAUCACAGAGUGCGCCUUACAGUUCCCAGAGCCGUACGUCUACUGGGACACCCUGAUGAAGGUCUGCGUCUUCGUCUUUGGGUUCGUGGUGCCGGUGCUGAUCAUCACCGUGUGCUACUCGCUCAUGGUCCUGCGCCUCAAGAGCGUGCGAAUGCUGUCGGGCUCGCGGGUGAAGGACCGGAACCUGCGCCGCAUCACCCGCCUGGUGGUGGUGGUGGUGGCCGUCUUCGUGGUGUGCUGGACGCCCAUCCACAUCUUCAUCCUGGUCAAGGCGCUGGUGCGCGUGCCCGAGACUACCGCCAUCAUGGCCGCCUACUUCUUCUGCGUGGCGCUGGGCUACACCAACAGCAGCCUGAACCCGGUCCUCUACGCCUUCCUGGACGAGAACUUCAAGCGCUGCUUCAAGGACUUCUGCCUGUCGGCCAGGAUGAGGCGCGAGAGAGCGGCGGGGACCAGGAGGGCGCUUGAAGUGGUGCGGGAGGCCCAGGUGCCGCUGCGGAACCCGGACCAGAACAGUAAGCCGGCAUGACUAGCCGUGGAACUGUCUUCGGUUUCUCACGGCGGGAAAGAAGACUCCCGAGACCUUGGACUCACCCACGUCACGUCCACCUUGUAGACCAGGUCUUCACCUGGAGGACAUUUUCUUCAGAAACUGAAUUAUUGAUGCUCUCUUUCCUUCAAGACCUCUUCAUUGAAUUCUUGGUCUGCUCACAUUUGGCAAAGGGCUACAACGUUACACACUACACUACACAAGUUACACACUACACUACACGUGUUACACACUGCACUACACAAGUUACACACUACACUACACUACACAAGUUUCACAAUACACUGUAUGUUACACACUACAUUAUACAAGUUACACACUAUGGUGUAAGGGUUACACACUACAUUAUACAAGU